ACUUUCCUCAAGAAGUCUCGAACCAAACAACAAAUACCAAACAAACGAACAGUCAACGAGAAUGGCUUCCACAUCUGCUACAAUGGCCUCCUUCACCUCUUCCUCUGCUCAUUUUAUGGGCUCCAAAGUUUCCAUUGAGGAACAGGGCUUCAUGCCUACACGUGUCCAUCUCCGACAACUACGCAUCUCAGCCGCGUGUUCGUCGACGGCCGAGAGACCGGUUUCCCGCAUUGCUUGUCCGUCAUCGCUGUACGAGGUAUUAGGGAUUCCGAUGGGCGCCACGUGUGACGAAAUCAAGGCUGCUUACCGGAGACUGGCGCGAGCUGUACACCCUGAUGUCUCGGCUAAUGGUCGAAAAGCCUUCGCCGCCAACGAGUUCAUCAAAGUACACGAAGCUUACUCUACGCUGUCGGAUCCUGAGAAACGGGCCGAUUAUGACCGAACGUUGUUGCUCAGGUCAAGGCAGUCUUUUUCUCUUUCUGUCGAAGCGAUGACCGGUUCAGCGUCUUCUCGAUUUUCUGGUUAUACGAAGCGAACAUGGGAAACUGAUCAAUGUUGGUGAUAUUUUGGAUGUGCUUUGAAAUUCAGAGAUGGGCUUUAGCUAAUUUUUCAUUCUCUUGGGCAUUUUGGCUUUUGGGAAUUACUAAUUUUGCUUGUAAAUACUAAAUAUAUAUAGGAACUAAAACAGGCUGCUUUUUUAUUAAUAGCCUGAGUUUAUAUAGGUUGGAUUUUUGUGA